AUGACACCGCCCCCGCCCGGACGCGCCGCCCUCGGUGUCCUGCGCUCCCCAGUCAUCCGCCCGCCGGCUUGGUCAGGGCUCCUGCUGCGGCUCCUGCUGCCGCUCCUGGCGGCCGCCGCCGCCGCCCAAGGCUACCGGAGGAGCGGACCCCGGAUCUCCUUCGUCUGGGAAGGCCGAGCAGGACAGGACCGGGUAGACUUUGGCCAGACUGAGCCACACACAGUGCUUUUCCACGAGCAGGACAGCUCCUCUGUGUGGGUGGGUGGAAGAGGCAAGGUGUAUCACUUCGACUUUCCCGAGGGCAAGAACGCCUCGAUGCACAAGGUGAAAAUUCCUGCCACAAGCAGUUCCUGUAAGGACAGCCAGGACUGUGAGAACUAUAUUACUCUUCUGGAUAGGCGGGACGACGAGCUGCUCAUCUGUGGCACCAACGCACGGCGCCCCAGCUGCUGGAACCUGGUAAAUGGCACGUUGAAGCCCCUUGGAGAGAAGAGGGGCUAUGCACCCUUCAAGCCAGAAGACAACACCAUAGUCCUGUUUGAUGGGAAGGAGGUAUACUCCACCAUCCAGAAGCAGGAAUCCCGCAAGAAUAUCCCCCGGUUCCGCCGCAUCGAGGGUGAGAACAUAUUGUACACCAGUGACACUGUCAUGAAGAACCCAAAGUUCAUCAAGGCCACCAUAGUGCUGCAAGACCAGUCCUACAAUGACAAGAUCUACUGCUUCUUCCGGGAGGACAAUCCUGACAAGAACCCCGAGGCUCCGCUCAAUGUGUCCCGAGUGGCCCAGCUAUGCAGGUGGGACCAGGGGGGUGAGAGUUCCAUGGCAGCCUCCAAGUGGAACACUUUCCUGAAAGCUUUGCUUGUGUGCAGCGAUGCCACCUCCACCAACUUCAACAGGCUGCAGGACGUCUUCGUGCUUCCCGAUCCUAAAGGUGACUGGAGGAACAGCAAGGUCUUUGGCAUUUUCUCCAACUCCUGGAACUACUCAGCUAUCUGUAUGUAUUCCUUUGGUGACAUUGACAAAGUCUUCCGUACCUCUUCACUCAAAGGCUACAACAAACCCCUUCCCAGGCCUCGGCCUGGCCAGUGCCUCCCAAACCGCGGGGUGGUACCCACGGACACCUUCCACGUGGCCGACGGCCACCCUGAGGUAUCGCAGCGAGUAGAGCCUUUUGGACCCCUGAAGACACCGCUGUUCCACUCCAAGUGCCACUACCAGAAGCUGGUUGUCCAUCACAUGAGUGACAGCAUAGGGACGAAUUUCCACGUGAUGUACCUAACCACAGACAAGGGCACCAUCCACAAGGUGGUGCAUUCAGAGGAUAUGAAAUAUGACUUAGUGUCAAACAUCAUGGAAAUCCAGCCUUUCCGCCGUCCGGCUGCCAUCAAAACUAUUACGCUGGACACUGACCGGCGGAAACUGUAUGUGAGCUCCGAGUGGGAGAUCAGCCAGGUGCCUCUGGACCUGUGUGAAGUGUACAGUGGGGGAUGCCCCGGGUGCCUCAUGGCUCAAGACCCCUACUGUGGCUGGUUCCAGGACCGCUGCGCGUCCAUCUACACUUCUAGGACCCACAUAGUGCAGCCCACUGACCCAGCCGAGCCAUAUAAAGACUGUACCAACCCAAAGCCAGACCAGGCUCCUCUGCAGAAGGUUUCCCUGCCCCGGCAUGCGAGAUACUAUCUGAGUUGCCCCAUGGUGUCCCGCCAUGCCAACUACUCAUGGCGCCAUGGUAAGACUGUGGUGCAGACCUGUGAGCCCAGCUACCAGAGCCCCAACUGUGAACCCAGCUACCAGGGCGCCAACUGCAUCCUGUUCAUCGAGAACUUCACGCCCCAGCAGCAAGGCCACUACCAUUGCGAAGCCCAGGAGGGCUCCUACCUCUUUGAGGUCCAGCACUGGGAGCUGCUGUCUGAUGAUGGCACCACCACAGCCAAGUACCUGAUGGGCUGCGCCCAAGCCCCGGCCAUCUCCUUCUGUCUGGGUAUCCUGCCCAUGGUCCUUCUCAGUCUGCUGGUCUACUAG